AUGACCUCCACCGCCGCAGGGCGUAAAAAGUCGAUGAUCUCCACUACGCCCACCAUCGAAUCGCCGGUCGCUAAUAACACCCUCCUUAAUAAAGCUGCCUCUCAGUCGACGUCUCUCUACCAGCAAUGUUCGGCUUUACGCACUCGUUUGAUGCGCGUCCAGGACUUCCCCGAGUGGUUUACACUCUCUUCACCCCCGGAAUCCUCGCGACGAUCCACUGAUCCUGUUACUCAGCUAUGGGACUGUUUCGCUCUGGGCGUUCCCUUGUGCUACUUGUUCAAUCUCCUUCCCGCGCCGUUCACUACGAUCAACAUCGAUACAGGCUCGACAUCGUUCGAUGCGACGAACGAGAAGACGAAGAAGCGAGCGAUUGCUCUCUUCUCGAUGCAAAUAAAACAGAUUGAAGGCUGCGAGCAGUUUACGGUUACAGAGCUAUGGGACCGUAAUUCCACCGAUGGCUUCGUGAAGGUCGUGAACAACGUGAUUCACCUUGCACAGCAUCUUCCGGAGGAUGUCUUCGUCGAGUCAGCGCCCCCGUCUCCCACCGUCCUUUCUGAGUACCAAUCAACGGAUUCACUGACAAUGGACGGGGGUUUCUCAACCCCGCCUGCGGAACCCAAUGGCGCUCGGUUCAAUAUUAUCAAGGAACUGGUCGAGACAGAACGCAAAUAUGUUCAAGACUUGGAGAGUAUGCAGAAAUAUUCAAAUGCAGCUUCGCAAAACAAUGUCAUUGAUCAAGACACCAUCCACCUCCUCUUCCCCAACCUCAACAAGCUUCUGAAUUUUCAGAGAAAGUUCCUCAUCAAGCUGGAGAGUGUCGCCGAAUUGUCGUGGGACGAACAACGUUGGGGUCUACCCUUCAUCGAAAAUGAAGACGAGUUCGCCGUGUAUGAACCUUAUUGUGCAAACUAUAUCAUGGCCUCAGAGAUUUUGUUACAGGAAGAACAGAACCUUGCUGCGCUCAAUCACGUGCUGGACGCGAAGGUGGAACUUCCAGCUUUCCUGAUUAAGCCAGUUCAAAGGAUCUGCAAGUAUCCGCUUCUAUUGGAGUCGCUCCUGAAAGCUGUGAAAAGCACUGACUAUCCAUUCUGCCAUGAGCUGGAGAGCGGUGUUGCGGCUGCCAAGCGGAUCACGGACAAGAUCAAUGAGGCGCAGCGGCGAGCCGAAAAUCAUGCCACGGUGAAGAACCUCGAAGGCCGCGUGGAAGACUGGAAAGGACAUCAUAUAUCCAACUUCGGCACGCUCCUCCUCGAUGAUAUCUUCACGGUGACAAAGUCGGAAGUUGAUCGGGAAUAUCACGUAUUCCUAUUUGAGAAGAUUAUUCUGUGCUGCAAGGAGUGUCUCUCUCCGCCUACGAACGGGAAGAAGGUUAACAAGAGCAAUUCCAUUCUGAAGAAGCCGGUGGUGCCGGCACCUCUCGUGCUUCCAGGUGCAGGUCCUUCGAGGAAGCGAAAUACACCUUUAUUACUCAAGGGUCGUAUUUUCCUGAACAAUGUGACACAGGCUGUGCCUAAGGUCUCAGCAGGCCAAUACUCCCUGGCUGUGUGGUGGCGGGGUGAUGACGAUCUGGAGUUUUUUACUCUUCGUUGUCGCAACGAGGAACAGCUGAAAAUGUGGGAAAAUCAGUUGAACCGCAUGAUCCAGGAGACCGCGAGUCGGCGCACGUCAGACCGCAACAUCCGCUUGCAAAUGACUUCUGCAUCGGCACCGGUAAUCAGACAACCGUCGACCACACACAGUCAAGAAAGAACAUACUCGGUGUUCUCUCAAUCUACAGCGUACAGCAGCGCACCAGCGGUGCAUAGUGCCAUGUCGUCGCCGUACUUAUCGGGCCUUCAAAGCAAUCGCAGCUCCCGUCAUCCGUAUGCAAUUGACGAAUACGUUCAGGCAUCUAUUCCACCCGAUCAACUUGGUUACAGCGACGGUCCUCAAGGAUAUCCUCCUCAUGAUGGUUUCGAUGUUGACCCAGACGAUGAUUUCGAGGACUAUCCUCCGUCGUCCGCUUUCCCUCCGUCGGGAAGGGGAACACCCAUUGGAACUCGCCGAUUAGAGUACAAUGGCUAUCCGCUCACUUCUCGCAUGAGUGGACAUUCAACCAUUACUCCGACAUCCGCUACGAGCAAUCAUGGCUCUCCCUUUGGCAGCGGGCGACCAUCCAUAUCUCGUACUGGUGGUAGUUACACUCCCGACUCUAAUGGGUAUGGUUCUGGUCCCCCACCCGGCCGGAGCAGCACCCUGCGUAGCCAGUUCAGCUCGACAAAGCUGAGGAGUGCGUAUGAACAAUCGCCAAAUGGUGGACCAGCGUUACCGUCCGGGACGUCUCCGAUGCGGUCGCGCAGCGCAAGCCAGCCGUCUGCCUAUGUUCCGAAUACUCUGCCCCCACCGCUGCCCACCUCGGUGCCGUGGAGCAAUAGGUCGCAGAGCUCCAUGGGUGUCAACAAGAGAGGGAGUGGCUCGAGUCAGUCGACAGGCGAUAGUUCGGAUUACUCACCACACAGCAGUAGCUCCCCUAUCACGCCUUUCGGCUCAAGCGAAUCGUCUCUUGGGAACAUGUCACUGCAUCCCAUACGGUCACAGCGGAGCGACCAGGUGGUCACAUCGGCAAUGGACCAGCUAGGAGCGCCGGUGAAGGUGAAGGUGCACUUCCAUGAGGAUAUCUUCGUAAUCCAGGUGCCACGCUCAGCGGAGUACACCGAGCUUGUGGAGAAGGUCGGUAAGAAGAUCAGGCUGUGUGGUCCGCGGAGGGACGAUGGUCCGUUGCGAGUGAAGUAUAAGGACGAAGAUGGGGAUCUGGUCUCCUUGGGUUCGACGGAGGAUGUACAGAUGGCGUUCGAGUCUUUCCGACCUGGAAACCAAGUGACGCUAUACGUGCAGUGA